AUGCUAAAUCAUCUUAAGAUUUGUCAUCCUGACAAACUUGAUGCGGAUAUCAAUUAUUUUUCUAAUCUGAAAUAUAAUUAUGAAAAUCGUCUUAUGAUUAAUCAACUAUUUACAAAAAAUUCGAAGAUGCUUGAAAAAGGCCUAUUAGCAUCAUACAAAAUAUCGCAAUUGAUAGCGAAAUCAGGAAAACCUCAUACUAUUGGAGAGUCAUUAAUAUUACCAGCUAUCAAAGAAGUGUUAAAUUCAAUGGUUGAUUGUGAUUCUGAACAAAUAAUUUCAUCAAUUCCUUUGAGUAAUAGUUCUGUUUCUUCCAGAAUUGAUGAAAUGGCAUUUGAUAUCGAAGAAACCCUAUGUGCAUUUUUAAGAACAACAAAAUUUUCAAUUCAGAUUGAUGAAUCGACAUUCAACGAUAGUGUUGCACUUUUAUUAGUUUACGUACGUUAUAUUAAUCAAAAUGAUGUAAUUCAAGAAGAAUUUUUAUUUUCUGAACACCUUGAACUCGAUACAAGAGGAUUAACAAUUUUCAAAACUGUUGAACAAUAUUUUUUGAAACAUGAAAUACCCCUUAGCAAUAUUUUUGCUUGUUCAACAGAUGGGGCACCUGCGAUGGUUGGAGUUCAUCGUGGGUUUUUGGCAUAUAUGAAGGAAAAAGUACCGAAUAUUUUUACAAUCCAUUGCGUCAUUCACAGACAGCAUUUAGCUGCGAAAAAUUUAAGUGAGAGGCUGAAUGAAUCACUAAAUGUUGUCAUAUGUGCAAUAAAUCGUAUUAAAAUGCACCCAUUGAAUUCGAGAAUAUUUCGACAUAUUGUGAACAAAACGAUGAGCAUUAUGAACGACUUCUUUUGCAUACCCAUGUUAGAUGGCUUUCAAAAGGAAACUGUUUGUGUCGAUUUUUUGAAUUGUAUGAUUCAAUCUUAG